CAAUGACAUCUCCCCUCUUCUUCACCCGUAAUCAAUCGGCCAAGCCCCUCAAUCGCAUUACCAUAAUAACAAAUAAGCCUAAUUCAAAGACCGCAUUUACUUACCCAUUCACCCUCGCAAACCCGGAAAAUUCAAUUGCGACAACACCAUAACGCAGCCAUGACAUCCUGGAACAUCGAAGGCUGCACCGUCGCGGACGCCGCAGCGAUGGCGCGCAACAACAUGAGCGCCUUCUGGGAGGAUCCAACAUGGAUCCUGCUAUGGCCCAAAGACAUCACCAGAGAAUUCCUGAUCAAACAGGGCGAAAAGCGGUAUCCACGCCUUCUUUUAAAAGACCGCGAAGUGACGCGUCACCAGAAGGCGGUGGACCCCGCCACGGGCGCUCUAGUCGGGUACGCCCGCUGGAUUCUCCCCACCGGGCGUUCCGUCGCGGCUGGUGGCGGCGCAGAGUGGGUUUCGGCGCAGGUACCCGACGUUGGGGAGGAUGAGAGCAGGCGGUUUGAGGAGCUGGCUGAGGGGGCGUGGUGGAAUGGGAGGAAGGAGAUGAGGCAUAUUGAUGAUGAGAAUGAUGUUGUCAUGGAUCGGAUCUUGUCGGAGAGGUCGUAUAUCAAGCUCGAUUAUUUGGCUGUUCAUCCUGAGAAUAAAGGGAAGGGGAUUGCGACCGCACUUGUUAAGAGCGGGAUCAAAUACGCGAUAGAAACUGGUAUCCCGAUAUUCGUGAUGUCGUAUAAGGCUGGCCGAGGUGUUUAUGAACGGCUUGGGUUCAAGGAGGUCGAGCGAGUUAUCCAAGACGAUACGGAGUACGGUGGUAAAGGGGAGUAUGGCACCUAUUUCAUGAUCUACGAUCAUGAUGUGCCUAAGGAUAUUUGAGGCCUGCGAUAUCGAGAAUAGAUAUUUCAUAUGUGUUCUUUUGUGAUGUGAAUGAUAUAUGUGGGAACUGGACUCUGAAUGUAUCAUUUAGGUAUGGGCUUUUAAACUCCAUAAUGAUCGGCGAACUCUUUCCAUGGUAGAUGGGAUGCCGAGGUUUAAGGGGAGAACUGAAUAUCACAAGGUGACCUUG